AUGAUGGCACUCAAGCAUAAGGAAAAGGCGAAAUACACAAGGUUCCCGUUUGCAACCUGUGAUAACGAGCACUUGAAGGAUACAACGGGGAUAAUCCGCCACGGGAUCAACUUGACUAUCCAGUUUGGGCUCCUAGACUUUGAAGAUUUCGAUGCCGUCAAUGAUGAUGAUGAUGACAAGGAUACCAACAAUGAUAAUGAUGGUGCGCCUCUGCUGCGACUACCAAAAAACAGGGUAGCAACAACAGCAUCGAGUGAAGAAGACGAUUGUAGCACAGAUGAAGACGAUAGUCUCAUGGAAUACGACUAUGGAUACGAUCACGUUCCGCCGAGUCCCAUUUUGGUGCCCACCGAGUUGCCGAAACUGUCCUUCAGGAAGGGAAGUUUCGGCAGGAGAGACAGUGGCGACGGCUCGAUACGGGACAUGUCUUUGAGUUUGUGCCGGGCAAAACUCGAACACAUGAUCAAUGAAUAUUUUCCCUUGGAGGUGAUUAAUGACGACCGGAUAUAUGUCCACAUUAAACACUACAUUAUCAACUCCAUAAUCCAAAAUGAAGGCAACAUCGACCAGUUUUUGACUCGAAUAGUCAAUCACCGGUUCAAGAAUGAGCUAAGCGAUGUGGUCAAGUCUAUAUUCAUUGAAAAGUACGAAGAGCUCAAGUUGGAAGAGUUGAUUGACCGGUUUUAUGCGUUUUUGAAUUGCAAAACUACGCCAACACAGGCUUUGCUUGCAAAAGUGGUGAAUCCGGGACUUUAUGACAAGUACUACAAGAUUUGGAGAUUGGAUGCCAAGGAUUUUGCAUACUACGACGAAGAAUACUUUUUCGACUACUUCAACAACGGAGGCAAAUCCGCCACCUCCAUUGAACAUUUAAUCUUGCAAAAUGGGUUCUUGAUCAAUUACAAACGGUUUGUUUUUUACUUCACGAGAGAUAUAGCUUCAUACUGUGACGACUCCGAAGACGACGACGACGAAGAUGAAGGUGAAGGAGAGGCGUCUGCUUCAUUUGAUUCCGAUUUGGACAAGACCCUCGAUUUCUCAGUUGAACACAUUGAAGAAGUUUCAAAUUCAAUUCUGCUUGAUCCCUUGACUCAUACGCCGAAAUCGCUACGAUUCAACGAUGAAAUCGAUAUAAUCAAUAUUAAUCGAUAUUUACCUGUCGACCAUGUAUUAUAUAAGCAUAUUAUAGAAGAUAUAGCAAGGAAUAAUUAG